AUGAGUGUCUUCUCAUUUGGGGACUUACCCACGAUUCAAACCCGCAAAGCUUUGCUAUUGCUCGACUUUCAAAAUGAUUUCGUUCGUCCAUCGGGCGCGUUGCAUAUCCCCAAUACUCCCGAAAUCAUCGAAAACCUCCCGCAAUUAGCAUCCGCCUUCCGUCGCGUGGGAGAGGUGGUCUGGGUACGCUCGCAGUAUGAAGGCCCCCAGUCAAUCAGCGACUGGGAUUUUGGAGACAGAAUCGUUCUAGCCCGAGAACCACCACGCAAGAAGCGGAUUCCCACUUCCGAUGUCAUUGAAGUCGGAUCGGACCGCGAUUCACCAGAGCCUAUCGACCCAGAAGCUUUUCUUUCCGCCGAUCCGUCAACAUGUUGCUCUCCACAGACAACGGGAGCUCAGUUCCCGGCCCCGGUACUUUCUGCCAUUGAUCCUCAGAAGGACACCGUGAUGGACAAAACAGGCUACUCUGCUCUAGGGUCACCUGGUCUUGUACUAUCCUUUAGAACGCGCUUCGUAACACACAUAUAUCUAUGUGGCUCGCUCUCCAAUGUCUCGGUUUUUGCGACAGCUCUGGAUGCUGUCCGCAAUGGGUUUUCGGUGACUCUCGUGGAAGACUGCUUGGGAUUCCGCGAUUUCCAACGCCACCAGGAAGCAAUGCGACGGAUGGCUGAUAUUCUUGGCGCAACUGGAAUUACCGCCCGCGAACUUAUCCAAGAGCUGGACUGGGACGAGACGGAGGCAAUCGCUCGACAGGGUGCACCACAACCAAAGAGAUCAGCAGCAAGUGCAGGUCUCGAGUCAAUUAUGGAUGGGCUAGAAGUAUGGAAUGCUGCGGACACUUCUCCGAAUGAUGAAAAACGAGACCGAGAGGAUUUUGGAUUGUCAAAACUGGCUUCUAUAUCUCGCGCCCGUGGGGCGCGAGGGCCGGCGGAAGAAAAUAAGCAGGUGCGCGCGCGUGUUCGACGCCCAAAGCGACGAGAACCCGAGCAGCCGCCAACAGCCCAGCCCCCUGCCGAGGCCAAUCGAGGAACCGCAUCACAGCCAACGCAUACUGCUCAACCCGGGAUCGGAGAGGGUGACUCAAACAUUAUACAUGAUCUGGCCCUCCCCGAUGGAUCAUUUGAGCGCAUUAAGGCAGAGGUAGAUUGGCAAAAAAUGUACCAUUUGUCAGGCCAGGUUCCACGUUUAGUUGCAGUCCAAGGUCAGUCUCGGCCAGAUGGCGCUAUACCAAUUUACCGCCAUCCUGCAGAUGAGUCCCCACCAUUCAAACCAUUCACCUCCGCUGUUGAUGAGGUGCGCGUUGCCGUUGAAAAGAUUUUGGGUCAUCCGUUGAACCAUGUGCUCAUCCAACUUUACCGGGAUGGACAGGAUCGCAUCUCCGAGCACUCUGACAAGACCCUAGAUAUUGUACGAGGAUCGUUCAUUUGCAAUGUCAGUCUCGGCGCCGAGCGUGUCAUGGUCCUUCGCACCAAAAAUUCGGCCUCACAGCCCCAAGAGGGACAAGAGUCAGGUCGGACAUCGCAGCGCGUGCCUCUUCCUCACAAAUCACUCUUCGUUCUAGGCCCAAAAACCAACAUGCGGUGGCUCCAUGGAAUUCGUGCGGACAAAAGACCCGAGACGGCCAAGUCCACUGACGAGCAAGCAUACGGAGGCCAACGUAUCUCCCUUACUUUCAGACACAUUGGUACUUUCACCGAACCUAUUACCAACAAAAUCUGGGGCCAAGGAGCUGUUAGCAAAACAUUGGAACAAGCUGGUAAUGUGCUACAUGGAGACUCAGCCGAAACUGAACGCCUCAUCGGCGCAUUUGGACAAGAAAACCGUGCCACCGAAUUUGACUGGGAUGCGGUAUACGGCAAUGGCUUCGACGUGGUCAACUUUGUAACGACGUCAUCUGCACGGUUGAUUCUGAGCGGGGACCCCGUGGCUGAUUUGCGAGUCUGCAUCGCCCUUGGAGAAAACGGUCUUCGAUACGAGGUGGUUGGUCGCCAAAAUAACCAAAAUGGUCAAUUAGGACCAGUGUACGAAGAGCCUAGUGGAACCACAGUUGCAGGCGACUGUGCUAUCCUUUCACAUUUGGCUCGACGACCCGUCGAAUCAACUCGGCCUGGAGUGGAGGUGUUGCGAGGAGGUGAUUUCUUGCCAGCCAUUGAAGAUUUCUUCAGACGCUGGCGGGAACAUUGCAUCUCUGGCUCACGCAGCGUAUUUGAGUUUGGGUAUGAAGAUUGGGAGCGCAUCCUGCAAGGACGACACUACCUUGGCGGUAAUGCUUUUACGAUUGAUGACUGUGCCCUGUGGCCGGUUUUGCGAGAAAUACUAUCACAAACGCAAGGUCCAUUUGAUGCACGAUUCCCGAGCUUGAAUCAGUACGCUCAGCGGAUCGCCAACAGAGGUAUUGUCCGGUCUAUACUGGAAGCGUGA